GCAUGUAUAUAGUGGACCACUGGUGGCUUUUGGACGGCAAGCCGUCGGUGGUAUGCCAGCCGUGGUCCGAAGUCGGGCCGCUGCCUAGCACAAAUCACAGCUCGGGGCGUGAGUGGCUUUUGGUUGGCGCCCCGCGAUGGUGCGCGAGGAUUCGAAUCCACUGCGCAAGACAGUGGCGGCUCGCCAUCCUUGGACCGCUGAAGGACCGCUACCCAUAGACGACAACGGACGGAAGAACCAGCCACAACUUAAUAGGACUAGGUCACCAAGAGUACAAGUCUGUAAGGUAAUUUGGGGUAAUUUAAGGUAAUAGGCAACACUUGUGGCGCAAUGUCUAGUUACUGGAGUAAGAGAAGAAGGAUUGCUAAAGGCGUUGAAUCAGACUUACUGAGUAUAGGCCUAACUUCUUCAGCAGAGUGUGGGGGGGAAGGGGUGUCAUAUGAAGUGACUGAGGUCCAAUUUACUCAUGGGGGCAGUGGGGUAGAACCCCUACCAGGACAUAGUGCCCAUUCAGGACAGAGCAGUGGUGGAGUUAGUGAGCAGGUCCAUUCAGGACAGAGCAGUGGUGGAGUGAGUGAGCAGGUCCAUUCAGGACAGAGCAGUGGUGGAGUGAGUGAGCAGGUCCAUUCAGGACAGAGCAGUGGUGGAGUGAGUGAGCAGGUCCAUUCAGGACAGAGCAGUGGUGGAGUGAGUGAGGAUGAACAGUCCAGUGAACAUGCACAUGACAGUGAUGGCAGUGAGGAAAUCUGUUCUUCAGGCGAAGACACACGAAGUCACCUUGCUCAAUGGGCAGUUAGGAGAAGGAUAAGCCAUGCUGCUUUGGCAGAUUUAUUAUCUUUUCUCUCUGGAAAAUUGCAUGGCUUGCCAAAAAAUCCUAGAACGUUACUAAAAACAAAAACCAAGUAUCAUGUUAAAAAUAUUUCAGGCGGUAGCUACUAUCAUUUUGGCUUCGAUCAUGGCAUUUCCUCUCAUCUUGCUAACAAAAAAACUCCUUUGACUUGCCCGUCUUUAACAAUCCAAGUGAACAUAGAUGGCCUGCCCCUCUAUAAAAGCUCAAAUGCACAGUUCUGGCCUAUUUUAGGGCUCAUUGAGUGUUUUGAGAAUCGGGUACAGACAAACAGGGAGCCAUUUGUUAUCGGGAUCUACUUUGGAAAUCAGAAACCUACAACACUAGAGUUUCUAGAUGAGUUUGUCAGUGACGCACGUGUUCUUGAGAGAGAUGGCUUUUUUUACCAGGGUGCUUCUAUCGCUAUAGCAUUGUCAGCAGUGGUCUGUGACGCGCCUGCACGGGCAUUUAUCCGAAGGUCAAAGGGACACACUGGGUUCUACAGUUGUCACAAAUGCCAUCAAAAGGGAGUGACAUACCAAGGAAGAAUGACCUUUCCACAAUCAGAUGCACCACCUAGACUGGACAGCGAAACAUUUGAUGAGUUUAGUGAUGAGCAGCAUUUCACAGGAUUUAGUCCAUUCAAUCUUUUGUCAGUUGGAAUAGUCACACAGUUUCCUCAUGACUAUAUGCAUGUGGUGUGCUUAGGGGUAGUGCGGAAACUGUUAUACUUCUGGAUGAGGAAGCCAUUGCACACUCGAGUAGGUACAGCUGUCGUGCAGGAGGUGUCAACUACGCUUUUGGGUUAUCGCUCAUAUUUCCCCAUUGAAUUCAACCGGAAGCCCCGAACUCUUACUGAUUUUGAGAGGUGGAAAGCUACUGAGCUUCGCUCAUUCCUGCUAUACACUGGGCCAGCUUGCUUAAAGGGCAGAGUACCAGCAGCAAUUUACAACAACUUCAUGUUGCUGUCUGUGGCCAUGACUAUUUUACUUAGUGUAUCUUUAGUGGGAGAUUAUGCUGACUAUGCACACAGUCUACUCUUGGCAUUUGUGAAACACUGCAACCAACUGUAUGGUAGGGAGUACAUUGGGUACAAUAUGCAUGCCUUACUCCACCUCAGUGAGGAAACAAAGACAUAUGGAGCGUUAGACAACAUAUCCUGCUUCCCUUUCGAAAAUUUCCUCGGCCAGCUAAAAACAACGAUCCGGAAACCCAACAAGCCCCUAGAGCAGAUCAUUCGUCGCUUGUCUGAAAAAAGGUUUAAGUCCAAAAUGUAUGUAGUCAUUUCCUUCCCCGCGGAGGGCUUGUUUUUUGUGGUGCCUGUUUCAUGGCUCAUAGAAGAUAAAUGUUACUGGCCUCCCUUUAAAACACUGGACAAGGUAAAAAAGGCUGCCCUACAAAAUGAAACCCCUGACCCCAACUGUUGGACACUUCAUCCAGUUGAGGUGCUUAAAGUUAAAGACACAUACGAAAAGGCCCACGGCCACUACCUUAAAGCAAAAAGAGGAGAGAAGCUGGAGACAGAUGAGGAGACCAUGAAAAGAAAAAGAAAGCCAAACAUGAAAUUCAUCCAAUCCAGUGAUGAAGAAGAUGACCGUCCCUAUUUCCCUCCGGCUCCAAAAAUUCGGCGACUGCCAGAGAAAAUUUCUGUACCAAAUUCAGAGUUUACCAGUCAGGCACCACAGGUCCCAACCACCACCACCCUGCCUCUACCACCACCACCACAACUCCUACCUCUACCACCACUACCGCAGCGCCCACCCAGCCAUGAAGUGUACAGUCAAUCACACAGAACCCCUUCAGUCACCAGGACCAGUACUUACCCUGCAGUGUUGUCCAACCAAGCAGCCAGUCCCCCGUUGGAAACCUCACAUCUUUUUCUGACAUCCAGCCAUGGAGAGUUUACCAGUCAGGCACCACAGCUCCCCACCACCACCACCCUGCCUCUACCACCACCAUCACCUCUACCACCACUACCACAGCUUCCAACGAUUUCACCUCUGCCAGCACCACCACAGCUUCCAUCGAAGUCACCUCUUUUUCGAACAUCCAGCCAUGGAGAGUUUACCAGUCAGGCACAGCAUCAUCCAUCAAAUCAGCAAAUCAGCAUCCAGCAAGAUUUUUGCAGACUUGUUCUGCAGCACCUCCGGACGAUUGAGGAGGAGGUUAAGGAGGUUAAGCAGCAGGUGGCUGCAAAUACGGCCAUUCUGCAGAAGCUAGGGGGUGCUGGUGUGGCAGACCUUUGCCUCGUCCAGGAAACCAACAUGCCCCUCAGUAACCUGGAGGAACUGGAGGAGCUGGAGAGGCAGCUUGGGUCUGACAUUGACCUGAAAAACCAACUGGUGAACAUACUUGCUGUUUUGGGGGGGAAAACCACCAAAGACGCGGUGAAGAGGAUGUUGGGCCGUAUUUUGAGGAAGUCCCUGGCGCUUCAAAUAAAUUGGACUGGUGCUGGAGGAAAGGUGGCGUUCAAGUCUUUACACCUGAAGAAUGUGUUGCACAGAGCUGUUAGGAGAGUGGUGCACACAGCAACAGAAGAGGACCUGCAAAAAGAAGUUGCGAAGUACCUAAAGGGGGCGGCUGACCGAGAGGGAGGGAGAAAAGACAGGCAGAAAAAAGUGGGCAAUGGGGAGAUGGGGAAUAUUUGAACUAGUCAUUUUAUAUUUAUGUAUUAUAUAUUUAUUAUAAAUUGUUCAUAUUUAUUUAUUUACUUACUUCAAACUGUAAAAACAUAAAAAAAAUAUUGAACCUGGCUGAUCUUUAAAUGUGACGUUGUUAAUUGUUAUUUAU